AUGGCUACCAAACCGUCACCACGCCUCCUCACAGUGGCGGCAGCCCAAAUGGGCCCAAACCAGCUCGCGGACCCGAGAGAGAAAAUAAUGGGCCGCAUGCUCAAGCUCCUCACGGAUGCAGCCUCCCAAGGAGCCAGACUGGUCGUCUUCCCAGAGCUGGCCCUGACCACCUUCUUUCCCCGGCACCAGAUCGACGACCCCGUCAAAAAGGCCGAAUUCUUCGAGCCAGAGUCCCACGACAACCCGCAUGCCGUCGUGGACUCGCCACGGGUGAAGCCCCUCUUUGAAAAGGCCAAGGAACUCGGAACAGACGUGUACCUCGGGUACGCGGAGCGCUGGACAGACGAGGCAGGCAAGGUGACAGACUACAACACCACCAUCUACUACUCCGCAAGCGCGGGCAGGGUGGUCGGCAAGUACCGCAAGGUACACCUCCCGGGCACCAAGGAGCCCAUCGAGGACAAGACGGGCAGGGGCGUGGAGCAGCAGCUCGAGAAGCGCUACUUCACGCCGGGCGACCUCGGGUUCCGGGCCUUCCGGGCGCCGGACCUCGUGGGCGGCGCCGUGAGGGCGGCCGGGGGCCAGCGAGACAGCGAGGCCGCCGACGGGACGACGACGACGGCCGGCAGGGGCGACCCCAUCGUGGGCAUGAUCAUCUGCAACGACCGGCGGUGGGGCGAGGCGUGGCGGUGCUACGGCCUGCAGGGCGCGGAGCUCAUCCUCGACGGGUACAACACGACGGCGUACGCGCCGCAGUACGACGGGACGCCCGAGGAGCAGGAGGCCGAGGCGCUGUUCCACCACCGCAUCUCGUGCCAGGGCGGCAGCUACACGAACGCGUGUUUUAGUGUCAACACUGCCAAGUGUGGUGUUGAGGACGGCGGCGGGCUGAUCGCCGGCACGGUGAUUUAUGAUCCCAACGGGCACGUGGUGGCCGAGUCCAAGACCAAAGGGGAUGAGCUGGUUGUUGCGACUAUUGACCUGGCCCUGUGCAGGAAGGGCAAGGAGAGGGUGUUUGCGUUUGAGAGGCACCGCAGGGUGGAGCACUAUGGCCGGUUGACUGCCCAGGUUGGUGUCGAGGAACCGCCGUUGCUGCAAUAG